AUGAGUUUGGAGAAAUAUUUUUUUAGAGUACCCAAAACAAGUUUGGCGCCUCAAAAUCAAAAUCAACUACGCCGAGAUGAAAAUGUCAAUCAAAUAGAAAUAUCAUCUCACUCUUCCCAAAGACAAGAAUUUGAUGUAAAUGAUUUAAAGGCUGAUCCGACUGAAAGAACUCCAAUUUUGAAUUAUCAUCCAAACCUUCGUGAUGAGAUAAGGAGGGCAUAUAUCAUUAAAGGUGCUUGUCAACCUCAAAAUCAUCAGUUCCCUCAAACUGAUUUUUUUGGAACACCACGUCGUUUUUUUUAUACGUGGUUUGAUGAAUAUCCUGAUUGGUUGGAAUACAGUAUUAGUGCGGAUGCUGCUUAUUGUUUACCUUGUUAUUUGUUUCAAGAAGAAAACAUUAAUCAAGGUGGUGGUAAUGUAUUUUUGACUAAGGAAUUUACAAAUUGGCAUAGAAAGGAUAGCUUUGCUACACAUAUUGGUCCACCGAAUAUCGUUCAUAAUCAAUCCAAAAGAAAGUGUGAAGAUCUCAUGCGAGAACAACAAUCCAUUAAAGCCACAUUUUACAAGUUGGAUGAUAAAAGUAAGCAUGAAUAUCAGAUUCGGUUAAACGCUUCAAUCGAUGUGGUAAGACUUCUCUUGGAUCAAGGUUUUGCAUUUCGUGGUCAUGACGAGAGUGAAUCGUCAUUGAACAAGGGUAAUUUUCUUAAAGUUCUUUCUUGGUUAGAUACUAGAUGUGAUGCAAUUAAAUCUUUUGUGUUAGAAAAAGCUCCAAAAAAUAAUAAAAUGACUUCUUAUGACAUCCAAAAAAGAUAUUGUGACUGCGUACAGAUUGAAACAAUUAAGGCUAUAAUAGAGGAUAUAAAUAGUGGCUACUUUGCUUUAUUGGUUGAUGAAUCUAGAGAUGUGUCACACAAAGAGCAAAUGGCUAUUUGUCUAAGAUAUGUUGACAAAAUGGGGUUUGUGAUGAAGGAAUUUAUAGGACUUGUUCACAUUAAAGAUACUAGUGCUUUAUCUCUAAAGAAAGCAAUUGUAGAUGUACUUUAUCACCAUUCUUUGACUUUAUCUAAUGUACGUGGGCAAUAUUACGAUGGGGCAAGUAAUAUGCAAGGUGAGCUAGGUGGUCUUAAAACGUUGAUUAGACAAGAAAGUAGAUCGUCUCAUUCUGUUCAUUGUUUUGCUCAUCAACUUCAAUUGACUCUUGUUGCGGUUUUGUAA